GACAUUUGAAGGCAGGGGCUCGAAGCUUCAGAACAGAAGUCAACAGAACAGAACAGAAAAAUGGCUGCAAAACAACAAGUGAAAAGGAAGGCUGCGGCUUUGAAGAGAAAGAAGCUCCAGAAGAAAUAUCAGCACAUCAGGAAAAACAAACUCCAGGACCGUAAACAGAGAAAGUUCCCAUCUUGCCUUGAGCAUGGGGUCAAGGAGCCACUUGCCAGAAAUACUGUGAGCAGUAAGGUGGUGAGAAUCUGUUCCCCUAAGCUGUUUACGUCCAAGAUGGUGCGAGAGGUGCUAAAGGCAUACAUUGAGGUCAAAGCCAAGGGCAUGGUUAAAAACUUGCUAACGGAUGUGUACAACCACGUGGCAACGGAAAUAGACCGCUUGAGCCAGAAGAGCCCGUCUGCUACCAUCAGCUGCACUGAUGUCCAAACGGCCUUGAAGGAGGCUGUAGUAAGGGAAUUGGUGAACCACACGUCUGAGCCCCUCAGGAACGAAUGUGCUUAGAGAAACACCCCUCCCCUUCUCCAACAGGGCCAAGAAGGGAGAGGACCAAAAACUGCCCUGAAAAAAGAUCCUUAAAACUUGAGAAACCUUUAAAAGACUUUGCUGCCUGAAUGUGUCUUAAGAAAUCCUGUAAUCUAAGAUACCAGCUUCACCUCAACAAUCUUCAUUGCUUGUAACAAUUGUUCCAUUUAUGGGGAUGUCGUGAAAGACCAUGGGAAAGGAAGCUAAAUUUGGACUACAGACUACACAUGCCCAAGAGAUUUUUCCAUCGCCAUCAGCCAGAAUCAGCAGAGUUCAGUGAGGAAGAACAUAAAUCAAAAUACAUGAGAGAAUUGUUUGCGAGCUGGUUUCUGAAAGAAAAGAAACACCGUAUAUUGUUCGUCCAAUAAAUCAGGAUUUUUAGCAGCCUUAUUCAC